CACUCUCACCCUCAGCCCACCCCACCCCCCCCUUCCCCCCGACUUACCCUGGUACAACCCUAAGCAAGCAAUCGCACUCUCAAACACACCCACCGCCCAUGGCCAGCAUGUCGCACGCAAACGGCUUUGCACUCCCCUCGCUCCCCAACACGUCGACCUCGUCGCUCCUCGACGCCGUGGUUGGCGGCCGCACCCAGCCUGCCGCCGGCGCGCCCCAGCUUGGCCGCCUCGCAGAGGAGCCGCUCGGCGACGCCAGUGCACGUGUCAACCACCGCGCCGGUAACCACCACCACAACAACGGCGGCAACGGCGCGCCGCAGCAGUCCGAGGCCGACGUCGCAGAGCUCGAACGCAAGCUCGAGAAGCGGCGCUCGCUCAUCCCCCACCUCGAGAGCGAGCUCGCCGCGCUCGAGGCGCAGAUCAAGGAGGCCGAGGCGAGGCUCUCACGCGCGCAGGCGAGCAACUCGCCCACCAAGUCGUAAAUAUAGACGCGGACACGUGUAGCGGCCAUCGCGGCAACCCAAACAUCAACAGCCGCGCGUGACCGUGACACACUGCGACAGACUCGAGGCCAGGCCAGACGGGUCCGAGCUGCGCGGGUUCUCCCAGUACCAGUUUCAACAUCAAGCAUUGCCUCCCAACCCCCCUGCCCACCUACACCUCACUGGGUAUCAUUGUUCCUUUCUCUUCCUCGUUAAGCGUCCGAGGCUUGUAUAUGCUGUACCGCUGUAAGCAGCACGAUGUACGCUUCCGAGUGGUGGUGGUGGUGGUGGUG